AUGAGACUUUUCCCACCUUCUAAAAGACUCUCAAGGUAUAUUAUUAUACUACUGAUUAUAUUGGCUACUGCUUCUAUUGGCAUCUAUCAUCAUGAGAAGGUCAAAGAACAUUUAGCAAACAUUCCCUUAGAGUCUUUCCCAGGUUUCCAAAUUUUUGAUGCUAGUUCGGAUGCUAAUAAGGACUCUGCUAUAGAAGAAACGAAUCCAGAUAGUUGGAUGGAUACAAAAUAUGAAAAUAUAUUUAGGAGGCUAAAUACUCCACUAAUAGAUAAUAUUACCAAUAGCGAAGAAGAUAAGGAAAAGCAGAUCAUAUCUAUAGGGAUAGAAGAGAGCUAUAUGAAAAAAACUUUAAAAACUCCAGUUAUUGAACCUAAGAUAGAUAAUUUAGUGCGUCCUGGUGAUCCAUUAGCUGGUAAAGCUAAUGCAGCUAUUUUAUCAUUAGUUCGUGAGGAAGAUCUUAAAGAAUUAGUACUAGCUAUCAAUAGAUUAGAGGAAAGAUUUAAUAGUAAGUUCAACUAUCCAUAUGUUUUCUUAAAUGAUGGGGACUUUAGUGAUAAAUUUGUAACUAGAAUCAAAGACAUCCUACCAAAAGAUAGGAUUAUUGAAUUUGGUAAAAUUGAUCCCGAAGUUUGGAACAUGCCUGAUAAUAUUGAUAGGGAUUUAUUCAAGGAAGCUAUCGAAAAAAAUAAAAAUGUUCAAUUUAUGGCAAAGGAAUCAUAUCAUAAUAUGUGUAGAUUUUUUUCCAAAAAUUUUUAUAAACAUCCAUUAGUGAAAAAAUAUAAAUAUACGUGGAGAUUAGAACCAUCCACUUCGGUGUUCUGCGAUAUAGAAUAUGACGUAUUUCAAUUCAUGGAAAUGAAUGAUAAAUAUUAUGGGUAUACAAUCAGCGUCUACGAUAGUCCUGAGUCUGUAGCAACUUUGUGGAACCAUACAAUGGAUUUCCUAAAGAUGCAUCCUGAUUACAUUGAUCCUAAUGGUGCAUUUGAAUGGUUGAAAGACAAUGGACAAAAGCCAGAAAAUUAUGAGAUUGCCAAUGGCUAUUCGACAUGUCAUUUCUGGACCAAUUUUGAAAUUACCAAUUUAGAGUUUUUGAGGAGUAAGCCAUACGAGCAAUUUGUCGAAUAUUUAGACUCAAAAGAUGGGUUUUAUUACGAAAGAUGGGGGGAUGCACCAGUUAGAAGUCUGGCAUUAGCCCUAUUCUUAGAUAAGAAGAAGAUACAUUGGUUCCAAGACAUCGGCUACUUACACACUCCAUAUACAAACUGCCCAGCUUCUCCAGUUGGCAGUAAGAGAUGCCAAGGAAAUUGCAUUCCAGGAAGAGUAUCGGCAUGGGAACCGUUAUCUAUUGAAAAUUGUCAAGGAUUGUGGUUAGAAUAUUCGAUGGAUGAUAAAACUAAUUUAUAUACACCAUGA